AUGGACUUCCGCCUAGUGCCUCGCGGCACUGACCGCAACUACACAGGCUUCCUAACAAAGACAAUAGUCUACACAGGGACGCUGGUGAUAUUUCUAGCCUCUCUCGGUUUAACAGUAGCUUCCAUCGUCAUCCCAAAAUGGGUCAGCUACCACAGUGAAAAGCCGAACUACCACUAUUCCUACGGCCUCCAUCGCCGCUGCUCCUCCCUCACAGACACAUGCGAGAGCUUCCCACAACGCGAAGACUGUCACGGCGAAGACCGCUACUUCUGCUCCAUGUGGCGGUCCGUCGGAUUCCUCAUGUCCUUUGCCAUCGUGCUGCAGGGCAUAAGCGUGGUCACAUACCUGGUUAUUCUCUCUGGCGGAAAGCGGCUGCGCGAGAAUGGAUGGGGCGUCCUCAGUCUGAUGGUUGGUCUGUCGGCGAUUGUUCAGGCUGCUGGCAUGUCGAUCGUAGCAUACCUAUUCGACAACGAGGACCGGUUCUUCGUCGGCUGGAAACUUGAUCAGUCGUGGGUCUUCUGCACUGUUAGUUGGUGUAUUAGUCUCUUCUGCGCGGGCGCGGUUGUGGUGGCCGCCAAGAUCUUGCCUUCUGAGGGGGGAUACGAGUUGAUUCCUGAUCAUGAUGAGCUCAGGAUCACUUGA